AUGGAUGCAUGUCCGGCACCAAGCAAGAAUGUGUCUAGCGCGUUAUCAUUUUACUGUUCCGUGCCGUUAGUACAACCAAAAACAAUGCCAUGGAAGACAAGGCGAUCUCAGGGCCUGAGUGGUGAUGAGGGCUUGCUGACAGGGGCAAAGAAUUACGCGAGGGCCGGUGCAAUGCAACAAAUUCUCCGUGCUACCUCGCAGGGAGUGAGUGCAGUGAUGCCGAUACCUUGCUGCAAGCAACAGAAGUACGGAGGAAGAGAGCAACAACACCUUGCUGCCUAG